GCUCUUCGUGAUCGCGGGACCGAGUUGCUCCUUGGUUAGGUCACUGGCUGCGCCUUUACACUUGGUACUUCGGAACAUGAUUUCAGUGAUCAAGUAGUCGACGUGCCGAACAAAAUGGACGUUGCCGGCGAUCUGAAUCUGCAGUGGGUGGGAGACGUGGAGCUUCACGGAGAGGUGAUAUGCGGCCUGGAGGCGCAGCUGGUCGCGUCGGAGGAGGAGGUGAUCGGCGCCUGCGAGGAGGUGGCGGUGGAGGAGACCGUGGAGUCGGUUCCCGACGUGACGCCCACCGCCGACUCCGAGAUACUGAUGGUACCCCAGUCCAACGACAUGGAGUCGAUCUACAUAGUGCCGCAGGAUCAGGGCCAUGAUUAUCUCAACAUACAAGUCACCGAGGAGGUGAUAGCUGACAACUGGGACCGGUCCGGUCCAGACGAUGGAGUCGAGAUCCCAGAUGCUAAGAUGACUCAGGACAAUCUGCUGGAGUACGACGACAUGGAGAUACCGUUGCCGAUCGACCAGGACUCCUACCAGAACGCCCGGCCGUAUCCGUGCGACUUCUGCAGCCGCAGGUUCCGAAAGAAGGCGAACUUGAUGAAUCACAUCGUUGCGCACCAGACGGACCGGCCGUACGGCUGCAACCUGUGCGGGUCCCGCUACGUGCGCAAGUGCGAUCUGAACAAUCACCUCAAGGUCCACGCGUACCCGCCGUCGCAGGACGGCCUCGAGGAUGACCUGAACGACGAGGAUCCGUUGAUCACCGAGGAGGAGGAUGUGACGACCGGUGGCAAUAAAGGCAGGCGCAAGAAGGUGCAAUCGAGCGCGCCCCGCAAACGAAAGAACAACACCGCCGCCAGCGUGCCGAAGCGCAACAUCGCGGAGAUCAAGAUGGAGAUGGGCAAGUAUGUGCAUAAAUCAGACGUUUACGAGCACGCGCUAUCCUUGUACGAGAACGUGCUGACCGAUGGUUGUCUCACACCCAGUGGCAAUUACGCGUCCGGCUCGAGGUGGCAAAUAGAGGAGAUGUCGUCCGUCACGGGCAGACAACAGCCGCAACCGUGGCCCAUUACGGACGCAACGAAACCGUACGUCUGCCAGUCGUGCGGCCUCGCGUUUGCAAGGGAGAAAGCUCUCGCAUCGCACGCACGCGUCCAUGGUGGUGACAGUCCAUUCGAGUGUACCUCGUGCGGGGACAUGUUCUGGGACGUCAACAGUCUACGGGAGCAUGUACGCAUCAAACACGGCGGCGCUAUUCCCCAGCAGGUAUCCGAUGCAGAUGAGUUUGAGAAUGACGCCGCUUACACGGCUGACAACGAGAGGAUUACCGAGUUUUAUUGCAAUACCUGCGGGGUACCGUUCCACCGUUUGGAUCUACUUAAACGCCAUCAGAAAAUUCACAUAAAGCCGGAGACGGACACACUGGAGAGUUCCAGUCAGCAUCAUAUGUGCAAUGUUUGCGGAGAAGAGUUCGAGGAGGCUCUAGCGUUGUUGGCACACGCCGAACUUCACGCUUCAAGGUCUCCUAGUCGUCGCUGCCUGUUGUGCGGGGCGAGAUGCCGUGACGAAGCAGAAGUCGCAGAGCACGUGCGGCAGAAUCACGCUGAGGAUGCGCCGCCAAACACAUGUACGCAGUGUGGAAAAACGUGCAAGGACAAACGCAGCUUGCUGAAGCACUCCUGGAUACACAACGUGGACAAAACUUUCGGUUGUACAAAGUGUUCGAAGCGCUUUCACAGUAAAGCUCGUUUACGAAGACACAUGAUGUCACACCGCAACAAAAUGGUAGCAUGCGACGAGUGCGGCGAGGAGUUUCCCGACGGACGGGCUCUCGUGAGCCAUCGUCAUUCUCACAACAGGGAACUGGGCGGUCGUUCUUUCCCGUGUCGUGAGUGCGGCAAGACCUUUGGCAGUCGUAGCUCGCAGCAGAUUCAUAUACGUAUUCACACCGGCGAGAGGCCCUAUGGUUGUCGAUUCUGUUGGAAGGCUUUCGCCGACGGCGGCACUUUGAGGAAACACGAGCGCAUUCAUACCGGCGAAAAGCCAUACGGAUGCGCGAUCUGUCCUCGGGCAUUUAAUCAAAGAGUGGUUCUCCGGGAACACGUGCGCGCCCAUCAUUCCGGUCCAGAUCCGAAAUGCGUGGGCAGUUUAACGCCAUAUUUGUGUAAAGUAUGUGGCGAAUCAUACUCGACGUCCGAGAAAAUAGUGGCACAUAUAGUGCAGCAUUGUGACGAUAAUACUGCGUUGAGGCGCCAGCCACAGACUGGGCCGCGCAAGUAUAAGAGAAGACGCAAGACGAAAUCUAUCGAGACGAAUACAGUAGCGCGUAGAGACGAGUUUACCUACGACUUGAUGGAAAAUAGCAGUGGUACCGGCGGCGGUGCCGGUAGCGCUACCAUCGGCGGUAUCGGUGCAAGCGGUGGCAUCGGCGCCGGGACUGGCACUGGUACUGGCGGUUCCGAUUCGGAGGACAACACCAAGCGAAAGCUCGGCAAGAAGAACAAGCAACAUCGAACGAACGUGGAGGAAGGCUAUCAGAACGUGCUGAAAAGUUUUGAAAGCUCUCUACAGAACAUAAACUCGAUUGUGAGUAAUUCCAAGUUGAACGCAUCGAAAUCGAAGCUCUCGAAGAAGAAGCUGCGUAAGGAGGAGAAGAAGCAGGAGGGGCAGGCAUCGAAUCAGUCGGGCCGGCCGAAGAUGAUCCACACGCAGAAGACGCGGGUCCCGGUGGAGGUGGGUAGCGACGGCGCGAAGAAGGGCCAGAAGACGAAGACAAUGGUGACCCGGACGCCGAAGGUGAUGCCGAACGAGCACAAGUCCGGCGUCUUUCCGGGCGGCGAGCGAAAUCGACCGCGCACAAAGAACGUUAGUUAUCACGUUGAAGGUAAAUCGCAGCUCGCGCCGGCGACGUUCCCGACCAAGUCGACGAAGGAGAACGCGUCUACGGUGUCGGCGCAGCAGUUACUGAGCAUCAAGCAAGAGCCAGGCGUGCAGAAGGCCGCGGGUGACAGUCACAGGAACAACAAUGGUAAUAUCCUGGCCCUCGGUAAAACUCAGGCGUCGUCGAACAAGAGAAAAUCGUCAUCGGCCACCGCGAAGAGGACCACCAAGAGACAGAAGCAACCAGUGGUGAAGCAGGAAUUGAACACGCUCGCAACAAACGCGGGAGCACAACAGCAGCAGCAGCAGCAGCAGCAGCAGUUUCAGAUACGAAAUAAUAACAACAAUACCAUGGAGAACAGCGGCGAUCCGGCACGACUGAUGGAUCACGCAGUGGACGGCAGUAAUCUGGAAGUAGCUUUCGAAGCGAGCGUUGUUACCGCUCCGGACGAUGAGGAGGAGAGCAUAUUGCCGCACAACGUUGUGCAGGAGAUCAGCAAACGGGACAACGUUAAGCUCAGUGUCAAGGUGGAGUCGGCGUCGCAAGCGAGGAUGAUGACCGUACAUAGUGUUAUAGCGCCGGUGGACGAUGUCCCGGAAACGAUAAUACCGGACACGGUGGAGUACACGUGCGAGAUGUGCGCCGCGGUGUUCUCCAGCCGUGCCGAGUUACUGGUGCACGUGCCGAUACACAUUUGAUUUAAUAAUUUGUCCGAGCCGAGGAGCGGCGCGGAGGUUUGUUCUUCUUCUUUAAGUAUAAUUGUUUAAUCGAAUCGCAUAGUUGUUCAUCUCGGAUGAGGUUUUGCCGUUUUGCAGGCGACGACAAUCGUUGAGUUCCCUCUAUCACCGCUAUCUUCAGCACUUACUUUUUCCCUUUUUCCAUGUACUUUUUAAUUCUUCGAUUGCUUUGGCGUACGACAAAUGUAAUUGCCUAACGCUCGUAACGCUCUUGGAAUCAUCCCUGUUGCUCACCAAGUGUUAACUAAGGUCGAAUAAUGCGAGCGUUGUGAGUGACAGAUGGAACGCACUUAUCGUGGAUGACUCAAGUUUAAUUUCUUUUUUCAAAGGACAAAUUUUUAUAUGGAUAAAUGACCGUACCAAACUGACAGAACGGACAUGUUCGGCACCAUGAAUUGUAUGUAUAAUAAUACACGUAUAUGUGUAUGUGUUUGUAUAUAUACAGAGUGUA